AUAUUAGGGAACAGGAAGAGUUCAUUGGGAAAACAAUGCUUCAGUUAUGCCUCUGUAGGAAGAAGAAAAACAAGUAAGUCUCACCUUUAAACUGCUUCAUCUUAUCUUAUGCACGUGUUAGAAUAUUGUAUGAAACGGAACAGGAGUAUUUCAUAUGAACGGGGUGUUAACUCGCAGAAAAAUGACAGAUAUGAAGGUUUUUAGCAGGAUUUAGCUCCGAGCUCGGAGAUGUUUCCGUUUGUUUACCUCAGUUUCUUUAAGAUUACAAAUGAUGAUCAAGAAUCUGAAGACAGCGAAGAAAAGAUACACGCAAACGCCAUCAUAGUGGAUAUUUUACCGUAAAAAUCCUGGAAGCUUUUGGGAGUUUAUUCAGUCUUGCCUCUCGUUCGUCAAUAAAUGUAAGAAAACAGUGAAACUACCUUCUGAAUCUGUCUGAUCAGAGGAUUAAACUCCAAAAAUGAUGAAUAAGUCAUGCUCUCUGCUGCAUUUACAUUAUUCUAUCACUCGUUUUGCUAUUAUUUUCAUUUUAAAGAGUUUGAUAUUGACCACCAAAGUGCAUAAUACAAAAUCAUUCAACUCCUUUCCUUUCUUACUCUCAUAAAUGUAUCUGCAUCUGUUUUGUUAAGACCUGACUCCUGAUAUGAAGGGCUUAAAUAUACAAAUGAUAGCUCAAUACAAAGGAGGGGAUGUGCUCUAUAUCACAUAAAAGGUUUCAUAAUUGGAGCGUAAAGGGUUGAAAUGGAUCACUGGGUCAAAUCGCUUCUUACAUUCCUACUCAUGUAUGUUUUGGUGUUUGGUUUCAGUUUCUAAAUCAUGUUUUUUUUCCUGCAAUAUCAGUAAAAGGUGAUUCAGCUCAACCUGCAUAAUCUGUUGAGUUUCUAUAUGGAUGGAGAGAAACCCAAAAACUGAGGUGAAUUUAAAGAGAAAGAUUCUGGUAAUAUUUUUUCAUUAAUGAGCACCAUACAAUAAAAGUGCUGCUUUCAUUGUCCUGUAUUUUCUUUAUUUGCAGGUUUUUAUAUCCAGUAACACUCUGGUUCACAGAAUAAUAAUAAUAAUAAUGAUGAUGAUGAUAAUAAUAACAAAGUACUUUGACACACAGUCCUAAAGCACAGAACAUGGAAAUAAAAACAAAUAAAAAACAAAGGCUUAGUUAAAAACAAGGCAUCUGAAUUGAAGGCCAAUUUCAUUUGUCAUAAGAAACCCAGACAAUACAAGAAGUAAGUGAAUAAACUUUAUUUGUAUAGCACUUUUCACGGACAAAAGAGUCACAAAGUGCUUCACAUAGACAAAAAUAAAAUGUACAUACAAAUUAAAAGGCCAAGACAACAACAUUAAACAGUCAUAGCAUUACCAAAAACAGUUAAACAAAGGCCUGAGCAAAUAAAUAAGUUUUGAGUUGGCUUUUAAAGGAGUCAACAGAGUCAAUUAAGCGCAGAGAGAGAGGAAGAUCAGCCUGGAAGGAUCGGUCUCCUCUGGUCUGACAUUUUUCCAUGUUCCUAGCUGAGAAUACUCCUUUUAAUCCCAGUGUUGUUGCUGGAUGUAGAAGAACCGGUCUCUCUGCUUUCUAAUGUGAUCUAUAGAUACUGAACCUUACUGACCUAGUUAUUUAGAUCCAAGUCCAACAUAAACACCUUUUGUUUUUUUUUGAUGUGUUGAAACAGGUUUAACUGCUCCCAUUUCCAGUGUUAGCCAUGGCGUGCUGCACAUCCUCCUCCAGGCUGUGCUCCCGCUCCUCGGCCUACACUCUGGCCCUCGGUCUGGGCUUCGUAACCCUGGGGACAAGCCGCAUUCUGCUGCUUAAAUUCUCUGCCAAUGCUGGUGAGAUCAAAAUGUUCAUUUCUAAAGAUUUGAGGAGAACAAAGACAUAUUGUUGACUCUGUGUGCUUUUUGUGAAUUCACAGAGAACAAGUACAACUUCCUCCCUGCGUCUGUCAACCUGCUGGCUGAGCUGCUUAAGCUGCUUUUCUGCUUGGGGAUGUCAGUCAGGGUGAUAGUCAGAGGUAACAUCAGAGUCAUGGCUGCUUCAUUGUGGUGGUGUGUGUGCUGUUGGAGUGUGUUAAUCAUCUCCUCUUCUGUUUCUCCUCAGAGGGUCGAUCAUGCAGCGAGUUGGGCUGGUCCUCCAGUCGAUCUUUCCUUCACUCCCUGAAGUGGGCCGUUCCUGCUUUCCUCUACUUUCUCGAUAACCUUAUCAUCUUCUACGUCAUGACUUACCUGCAGCCCGUUAGUAUAUACUUUUAAAAAAUACUUAAAUUCAACUUAAAUUCAAGGAGAAUAAUCCUUUUGUUUUACUCAGGCCCUUUUUUUAUAUUGUGGAGUUUCUGUGCCUUAAAGGUGGAGACAGUUUUGGGAGUGCUGACUCACACUUGUUGCUGACAGAGAAUAAACAAACUGCAGAUUCUUAUCAAACUGGCUUAAACACAAUUUCCUGUUUUAUAGACUUUUUGCAGUCCUCGUGUUUCGUCUUCUCUCUCCUCUGUUUGUCUCUAAAGCUUCUACUCUUCCUCUCAUCUCCAGGCCAUGGCAGUGUUGUUCUCCAACUUUGUCAUCCUGACCACAGCGGUGCUCUUCAGGGUGGUACUCAAGUAAGAGGCUUGAUGGACAGCUAUGAAAUACUCUGUUAUGUGCAAUAAGAACAACUUCUGCUAUUUAAUGACAUAUUUAUGAAACUGUUCACCACCUCUAAUAGCAUGUCAUCACAGUUUACACAGUCUCCCAUAAUAGGAGACAGUAUAUUAACAACUGCUCUGACUUUCUAUGGCAUAUGUCAUGCAUGUCUUUCUGUCAUCGUGAAAUAUCCUCAUUUAACCAGAGGACCUGUCUCAUGGUCUUGUUGCACAGUAGACAACAUCACAGAGAACAUGACCGCAGCUUUACAGACAUUAUGGCAGAGUUUAUGAAGGAUUUAUAAUAAUCUAGAAUCCUGGUCAUAGAGAAUGAUCACUGGAGUCUUUGUACACUCUGAAUAUCCAAAUAUGUCUAUUAACCAAGGUUGAAAUGUGCUCUAGUUGAAACUUCUCAGCGUGAGUGCGCCCGCUGAGACUCUUGGAGUUACCUGAACCAAAUCAGAGGACCUGUGCAUAAAUUAACAUUCAUAUAUACACAUUUGAACUCAAACUUCUGAUUCUCAUCUUUCCCAUCAGGAGGCGUCUGUCCUGGGUUCAGUGGGCAUCCUUAGUCAUCCUCUUCCUGUCCAUCGUUUCCUUGACGACGGGAUCGGGAGCCAGCCAGAACGCCAUGGCUGUGCAUGGUCUCCAUCCAAACCCACUCUCCACCCCUUCCAAUGCCUGCUUACUCUACACACAGCUACUAGAGCAGAUGAGGAACAGCAGGUGAUAUGAACGAUGCAAAGACAGCAAAAUAUGUGGAUGAAACUGAACUCUUGAUUCUGGAUUAUUAGACGUCAAUCAACAGCAAGCAGCAGGGGCAGAAAAGAUCAGAUGCACAGAAAUGUUUAACAUUCAGUGAGAUAAAUUUAAAACUUAUCUGAAAAGGAAAAAAGAAAGUACCUAUUACUGUGCAUUGACAUAAGUUUCUUCCUCCUCCUGCAGUGCGAGUGGAUCGUGGAUGUCCUCGCUGCCCGGACAGGCGUGGAGGGACCGCGUUGUGGGAAAGCUCCAGUCUUUCGGCGUAGGUCACAUCCUGCUCCUCCUCCAGUGCUUCAUCUCCGCCAUGGCCAACAUCUACAACGAGAAGAUCUUCAAAGAAGGAGACCAGAUCACUGAGAGCAUCUUCAUCCAGAACAGCAAACUGUGAGAGAAGAUUCGUGAUGAAAACACGGGAGGAACAGCUCAGUGGUUUUUAAAUCCUGACUUCUGUCCUGUGCUGUGUGGCUCUGCAGGUACGCCUUCGGUGUGGUGUUCAACGCUCUGACGCUCGGGCUCGGGAGUGAAGCUCGAGGACUCACCGUGCACUGUGGCCUCCUGCAUGGACACAACAUCUACUCCCUGGGUCUGGUGCUGGUCACAGGUGAGCUGACGAUGGACACUUUUAAAAAUACAUCUAAAAGAUUUGGUUUAUAAAGAUUCUAAACCAUAAAGUUCAAUUGUUUUUUUUUUUACCGAUGCCUGUAACUCUGAUUUUUAUUUGAAACUAAAACUGGUUAAUCAAAGCUGCUGUAAAAUUUUGUAGAAGCUUUAAUAUAUAGAUAUAGAUAUAAAUAUAGAUCACGGUCCAGUCUGUCUGAGAAAUGUUAUAGGAUUCCUGUGUUUUUUCUUAUGUGUCUCUUUUGCUAAACUUUGAGUUUAAAUCAGUUUCCAGUCACUUCCAGUAGCUGUCAGGUGUGAUACUAAGAAAACUCUGAUCUUGCGUAUCUUGUAUCCUACCUUGGCGCCUGUAUUUUUAAACACUGCGGUGUGUCUUCUCUGCAGCCGCCCUGGGUUUAUCUGUGGCCUUCAUCCUGAAAUUCAGAGACAACAUGUUCCACGUCCUGACGGGUCAGAUCACCACAGUCCUGGUCACCACCAUCUCCCUCUUCCUCUUCGACUUCCGGCCUUCGCUGGACUUCUUCCUGCAGGCUCCCAUGGUCCUCCUGGCCAUUUUUAUUUACAAUGCCAGCCGGCCUAAGGACCUGGAGUACAGCCUGCAGCAAGAAAAGCUGCGAGUGGUUAACGGAGAGGUGUUUGAGAGGUCCAGAGGGGUAAGAAAUCACUCACACUCCUCUCCUCUCCUCAUGUAACCUCCAUGAAAAGCUCCCUCAUCUUUAAACACACACAGAGUCUCUGUAGGAAAACUUGGCUCUUAUUCUUCUUUAAUAUGAUUUCUUCCUACAGGGGAAACCUGAUUCUCUGCUUUGAGAGCAGCUUUCAGACUUUCAGCGGAGACUUAGCUCUCAUAAUUUCAUUAGAUGAAUGAGGAGGAUUAGGCUGUCAUAAAGGAAGCUUUUAAAGUGUGAGGCUGUGUGAGGACACUGUCCCGGACUCUGCAGGACUAUAAAAGAGUCAAAAUGAGGGUUGGGUGAAUUAAAAAGAAGUCUCUGUUUGUCCAAAAAUAUCAUGUCAUGUAAAAAGUGCUUUUUAUUUCACCUUCCUUAAUACUCACCUUUUUGGCGAUUGAGUUCUUGCUAUGUGAAAUCUUUGUAAAUCCUGCCUUUUGCGUUUGCAGCUUUCUGCAUGAUUCUCUUUAUGUUUUGUGCUGCAGGACGGAGAGGAGCUGGAGCUGCUGACAAAGACCAACACAGACAGUGAAUCUGAAGAGGAGUCUUUGUAGUCGACUGAAGAUUCUUAUUAACCCGCACAGAGGACUUCCUCACCCGAGCAAAGCAAAUGUCUGAGUGUUACAGUGACUGUCUGCAGGUAAACAGCGGCUGAUGCUGAGGAUCAGCUGUGUGAUGACCACUUGUUGUUACGAAGGCUUGUGUGUAUAUUUUGAAAUGUGCCUGUCUGUGGAAAAGUGCUUCUUUUUAAGUAUGUAUCUGUAUUUUUUAAACCUGGAUCGUGCGUAUUUUGAGGUCUGUGUCAGCGAAAGGUGGAAUUGACAUUGCUUCACAUUUUUAGGCGGAUGCAUCGAAAUCUCUGCAUGCACAUGUGUAUAAUCGAAGUGCAACAAAUAACAUCUUUGCAACAAACAUAGCUCUCACAGAGAGGUGCCAGACGUCUAUGAGAGGAAGCUUGCUGAACACAGGAGUCUAUUUCUGCAGGGAUGCUUUCUGUAAGGUUGUUAGACACUUUUAAAUGCAAUCUGAACCUAUCAGGGACACAAACAAGAACUUUUAGAGGACCAUACAGCACAUUUUGCAGCUACCAAGCCCAAACUUGGACAGUUAGACCUUAAACCGGACCAGAGGUUGAAAAAACCCUUUAGUGCAGAGGAGGAGACCCUGUAUCUGCUGUUUGGGAUCAUUAUAAUUUCUUAUUGAUGGUUUGCUUUAUGUAAUGAUUCCUGCUGUGUGUGCAGAUAUUUGAUGACUCGUUUCAGACAGUUUUAUGAUUGUAGAAAACUUUGCAGUAUUUGAAAACGUCGUUCAAACUGUGCGAGGUGUUCAUUUAGUGUACGGCCAAUAUUCAAACCACAGCAUAAAACACAUGCACAAACUCAAGCUGAAAAUAUGACCAUGUAAUUGUAAACUGUACAGUAUCAAGCACACACACACUCAGACACACACACACAGCAUUGCUGUUAUAUAACAGUGUACAGGGCUUCUAGUGUGUUUACUCAAACGUGAAUAAGAACCAUGAGCGCAGAUGAAAUGGAAAAGUAAGAUUUCUUGGAAGCACAACAAAGCUGGCUCGGGUUCUUACCAUGCCUUGAAUGUUUGUCCAUCAUGUAGAUUUAACUAUUUGAUGUAUACAGACUGUGAAAUACUUAAAAUACAACCCCUAAUCCUUAAGGAGCUGAGACACUGUGUCAAAUGUUGAUAAAAUAAAAAAGAUUUUGAUGGUUUAAAAAUCAGUUAAAGCCUUUAUUUGAUUGAAAACAGACAAACGUAGAGACUGAAAAAUGUUCAUUUCAUAAAAAUACGUAUCUGUUUUUGUUCAUGUUGCCUCACUUUCUCAGUGCGUUGCCCUAUUUUCAAUCAAUCAAAGGCUUGAAAUGAUUUAUGAACCAUCAAAUUCAGUUUUAUUGACAUUUAAAACAGCGUGAGGACUCUCGCAGAAUUGGGUUUGUAUAAUUCUUGGACAAUUCCUAUUGGUGCCAUAAAGUUAAAACAUGUAUGAGUGAUCAUGUUCUGAAUCAAACUGCAAAUAAAGUGCGUUCAAUUUGUCUGAAGAGAGCUGAAUAUUACGUCUCAGUCAGUCUUAAUAAACCAGAACAAACGUCAACCAAAUAAUUUUUUGUACAUCGUUUGACCGCUAGGGGGCGAUGUAGCUCAAGUUUCCUCCACAGUACAGUACAGCAGACUGAAUCUCUUCAUGUGAUUGUGACGUUCUGCACUCAGAGCAGGCACAGACUGGUGGUAAACAAAUGUUUAUUUGUCAUAUAGCACAACAGAGUAUAAAUAAGAACAUCGUAUAGCAACAGACACUUUACAAAAAAGGAAAAAAAACAAAAACAUGACAGCCCGUUUCCAUAAAAUAACUGAUUACUGCACCUCAAAUUCAACAGAAGUCCAAUAAAUACAGAAACGUUUUAUUUCAGCCUGUUAUAUCUACAAAAUAAAGGUCUGUGAGGGGAAAAGAAGGUGAAAAAAAAACACUUUUACUUGAAGUCGGGAAUCACAGAAGUACACUGCUGCCAUGCCUGAGUAAGAAAAAUGACCAGAAUCACAUUUUAACAUGUAAAAGUCAAACUACAAGAUGUUUUAGAAGUUAUAAAAAGAUAUUUUUAAAAAGAAAAUCUAAAAGGUGUCAGAAAGUGUUCUUGUAAAAACUAUGUUUCUCAUUGAACAAUUACAAUAAAAUAAAGACAGGGGCGUGUCCAGACUGUUUGGACUGUGGUGGCCAGCUGGGGCGAUGACUAAUGUCGGGGUGGAUGGGAAAUGCACACACACAUGAAAAGCAUUGUUACCCAGCUGUGACAAUCCUUAAUUCUGAUUGGUCUACAGCAGGUAACUUUGGCUUUUCAUGUAUGUGAGUUAAACAGAGGGCAGACGUGUUCUCUCCACCUCAGACUUAAGCCUUUCACAUAUACACAUGGAAGAGCAGGAAGAUCUACCAAUGGGUGUUUGCUGCUGCUCUUCCUGCCUUGGCUUUCUCUUUCUACAUACUUACGUGGAAGGACAGUGAACUGUCAAGGCUAACCCUAACCCUAACCAGACCAUCACACAUAACUUAUUUGGGGUAUACAAUUCUAAUUAUAUGUAAUUUUCUUUGACAGCAAUGUAGCUUGAAGGUUUGGGGGGAUUUGGGACUCCUGAAUACCAAAAUAUGCUGUCAAAACAGAAUAGUUUUUCCCUUAUUUUUGUGCCAUUAUACGAUAAAAAAUAUCCUUUAACACCUUGUAAAACAUCUAAACUUCUUAUGUUACAAAAAACAAUUAUCUGAUUUUUUCCUUGUAGUGGGUGGCAGCAAUACGCUCACCAAGCGUGACGAAGCCAGAGAAAAAAAAGACAAUACAACAGAUCCCUGAACCUCCAGGUUGUGAGUGUGUCUCUGAACUUACUGUGUUACCUCAACUGCAGCUAUAAUGAAGCUGAAAACGAAAGAAAAGGAACGGUGAAAGCAGCCUUUCACUAAGUGCUACAAAACAGUCACAAACCUCAUUUCAUCUGACUGUGAAAAUAGAAAAAGGUAACUGGUGAAGGGAAGACGCCACAAACAGGCUGAAGUGUAAAGGAGGAGCUAAUAGCCGUAUCCUUGGUGGUACCCAUCCUGGUAACCGUGUUCGUACCCGUGCUGAUGGUAGCCGUAGCCUCCGUACUCGUCCUCAGGGCAGCGCAUACCCAGUGACUGCUGGAUGGCCAUUUCCUGUCGGCGCAGCUGCAUAGAGUCCACCAGGUCGUAGAUUAUCGCCAUGGACCACAUGGGCGAGGGGUACCAGGACUUCACAUUUCCGUCUUUCCCCACCAGCAGCAUGGAGAAGUACUCCGGGCUGAUCUGGAAGUAGUUCCUCAUGUCCUUCACCAGCAUGCCUGACAGCCCUUCGCGCUCCACAGUAGCACUCCCUGAAAAGAUGGAGCAGAUAUUCAGGUCAGAGACGAAGUAUUUAGGACAGUUAUUUUAUAAAUGCAGCCUCAAGAAGACAGCAUUGUUUUCUUUGACAUUUUUGUGUGUCCACAUGCUGAGCUUAAAAUGUCAAAAACAGAAAUGUCAGUAACUCCGGUCCAACAGCUCGUGCUUUUGCAGUCACUCAAAAGCAUGAGUCAUUUCUCUUUAUUCCCAAGAAGUUUAACGCCUCAUUUCAUCGAGAAAUCUCUUGAGAAACACAUACCAGGUCACACGAAAUGAGAAAAUAAUGUUUUGAUUCUGUGUCUUCUGGCUCAUCAGCGGCACACAUGGUCCUGCAGCUGUGAGGUUUUACAGUACGGAGAGGUUACGUGUUCACAGCAAGUCUUUGAGGUUUCUUUUGGGACUUGGCAGAACAGUAAGUACUCCUCUAGAUGACAUUUUUAAACCCUCUGCCUUAUUUUUGUCCAAUCUUGAAAGGUGGGAAGGUACUGAAACGACAAUCCCCUCUAGUCCUACUUUCUGUCGGCGUACAGCCCUAAACUUUAAUGAUUUAGGAGGAGAGGAAAGAAGAGAUGGCACUGAAUCAAUCACUUCUAACCUGAUUUUAUUUGAUCGGUACAUCCAGACUCCAUCAUAUGUAUGUAGAGUCAAAGCAUGCUCCACAGGCUCACUCCAAAAGGGAAAAAACAGAUCUGGCUUUUGCUUUGAAAAGCAUUUCAGAAGUGUAUUUUUCUCAUUCGUGUGACAUAAACAUCGCUGAUCCAGAGCAAAUACGGCCCUCAGUGAGUCAUUUUUUUGUGUGUAUUUUUGGCUGAGAUCCACGUGCCGCUGACGGUCUAAACAGUCUAAUCUGUUAACAUGCACGCCAAAACAUCAAGCCGUUCCAAGGCCAUCACCCAGCCAACAUGCUUCUUGUGUUAAGCGCCAGAGUAAGGCAGAGUCUGCUGUGGAUGUGGAAACACAAGCAAACCAGGGUUAACUGUAUUAAACUCUGGUCCUUCCUCCCUCUAACUGCUGCACACCUGAGCGCUAUCAGGUGAGCAGCUGCUAGGUUUAGGUCAGUCUUUGGUUCCUUUAUUUUUCUGGGAGGAGGUGUUGAGAGCACCAUCCCAUCUUUUAUUUAUGUUGGAUAAGAGCUCCAGUCCUUUUAGUUCUCUAUUUUUGCUUUCUUGAUUCUUGAACCCUUGGAGUUUUCUUUCAUAGUUUCAUUCUUUCAAGUCUGGGGUUUUUGUAACCCCAAAAGUCUCAAUCGUUUCAGUUUGCCUCACAGUAGCAGACCCUGCAGGAAUAAACUAGAUACCCUAACCCUUAAGGCAGCAAUUUAAUCCUGAGGGACAAAUGUGUUGGAUCAAAGUGUGUCCUCUUAAAAAUACACCCUGUGGCGGCCCUCCUGUCUGGGCAGGUCCUGGUGGGUGGAGUCAAUUAAUGAAACUGGGAGCACCUGGCUGGUCUCCCAGGAGUAUUUAAGACCAGACUUAAGCCCAAUCCCAAACCACCCCCUACACACUCGCCCUUCACUACCUAGUGUCAGUCGUAAUGAAGUUACAUUCGCAACUAUGGAGUGCGCCUCAAUUGAAAUGGGAGGGUAUAAACAAGAUGGGCGGGUGUGGGACGCCCUCCUCACUCCACCGGAAAAUGGAAAGAUUCAUUGCCAUAGCAACAUAAUGACGCGUCCUGUGCAAGGCAGCGCUUAUUUUCUUAGUAAGCGGACAUUGUGUACAGUUCUCAUUGUGCCUCAUUUUUUCAUUGUCCCAGUGAAAUCAUAAAUCCAGCAACCAUCAGAGUGACAGGAGCUAAAUUAUACUUUUAAUUGUUAGUGAUUCCACACGUCUUUAAACCCCAUUACUACUUGACAUGUGCCUGACCAAUCAAAUCAAACGUCAGCACAGAGUAAGUUUACCGACUUCCAUUUGAUCUUUCCAAACCAUGUCUUCUUAUUUUGUCAGUAAGACAAAGGUGGACACAUGUGGAACUUAUAUUUGUAUUUUGUUUCCUCCUCCCUAAUUUUUGCCGGCGCACUACCUGCAAAUCCUGUCGUGAGUGCGCAUCGGUGCAGACUCGCUAUUGAGGGGUGAACAGUCCACUGGCCCUCCGCACUCUGUGGUUUGGGAUGGCCUUCAAUAUGGCGGAGAGGGAGAGUGUGUAGGGCGAGUGUCUAGGGGGAGGUUCGGGUUUGGCUAACACAUUGCAUAACUUUUGCACAUUUUGGUUAGUUAAUUAAUUAAAUAA